AUGCCCUUUUUCCUCAUUUCUAAACCUAGGUGGGUCAAAUUUGAAGAGGAUGUAGAGCUGGACGGUGGAAAGUGGUCCAAACCCCGCGUGGCCACGCUGCAGAUGAACCAACUUCGCACAUUCCGUGAUUUGCUGGCCGAAGGAGCAUAUCUCCAGGAUCUGGACGGCAACACAUUCCCUGAGGUUGUCGAUUCUUUGGUGGAAAGGCUAUCACGGGCAGUCCCAGAAAAUAUUUCAGAGGAGAAGUUGAAAGACGUGCUGCUGAGAAAACAUCAUCACCAGCACGAAAAGAAACCGAGCUACUCGUUAGCGAACUUUAAGCGGAGUUUGUCCACCACGAAAUCGGAGGAGGCGUCCGCUUCAAACGGUGAUAGGAGAUUAUUCAGCAGAAGUGAGAGUACCAAAACUGAUGGAACUGACCCCGAAGACCCCGAGAGUUUUGGGACCGAUGGUGAUGACGUAUUUAAGGACAGUGAUGAAAUAUACAAGCCGAACCAAAAUUUCAUGAGAAAGAUUCCAAAGGGUGCCGAAGUGUGUAACAUACUUGUGGGCAACGUGGACUUUCUGCCGAAUCCUCUGUGUUGCUUCUGUCGCCUGUCCAACGCUUCCAUUCUGGGUGACAUGACGGAAGUACCGCUGCCCACGCGGUUCAUAUUCUUACUGCUGGGACCAGCGAGGGAUCCGGAAAGCAGUUAUCAUGACCUUGGCCGAGCUAUGGGAGCUCUGAUGUGUGAUGAAGUGUUUCAAGAAUGCGCCUACAAAGCCCACAACAUGCAGGAACUGGUAGAUGGAGUAGACGAGUUCAUAGAUUCAACUACAGUGCUGCCAUCUAGUGAGUGGAACCCUGCCAUACGCGUCGAGCCGCCACAAAAUAUCCCCUCGCAGGCUAAACGCAAGAAAAAAAUGAAGAAAAAUAUGAUUGGAAGGCGCCGAUCAAGUGUUGCCAGCGCCAUCUAUUUUAAAGCACGUCGGUUUAGUUCAUUAUUGGAUGAAGAUGAUGAUGAGGAGGAAGAAGUGCCUGGUCAUGCAGACCCCACUUUGAUUCGGACUGGGAGGCCCUUCGGAGGUCUUGUUGACGAUUUCAAGAGGAAAAUACGAUGGUACCUGUCGGAUUUUAGAGACGCUAUUCAUUACAAAUGCUUGGCGCCCUUCAUCUUCUUGUACUUUGCUCUUCUGACUUCGAACGUCACGUUUGGUGGGUUGUUAACUGAGGGAACGCAUUCGCAUUUGGGAAAUAUUGAAAACAUCCUUGGUGCUGCCAUCUGUGGGGCAACGUACGCACUAUUCUCUGGCCAACCGUUAACCAUCAUCAGUAGUACUGGGCCUAUGCUGAUCUUCGAGAAAGUUUACUACAAAUUUUGCAACGACCGUGGCUGGGAUUACCUGGAAUCCAGGGUGUGGGUCGGACUGUGGAUAAGCAUCAUCCUUCUCGUCAUCGUCGCCUUUGACCUUAGCGCCCUGGUCAGGUACAUUACAAAAUUCACCGAGGAGAGCUUCGCCAUGCUUAUUUCCUUGAUCUUUAUAUUCGAAGCCUUUGAGAAGACCGUGUCUAUAUCUGACCACUACCCAGUGCACAUGCAUACAGAAAGGGCACAAAAACACGAGUGCUACUGCCUGCAUCCCAACAUGACAGAUGCAUUUAAUUCCUCGGACAUAUAUACUAGUCUACAUCUGCCGUUUAACUGCACUUUCAACCCAGGAGAGGACGACUUUGACCAUCUUCCCCACGGUCCCGAGUGCAUGAACAGACCCAUAGUGUCAAUGUUCGAAUGCACAGCAGAUGGAGGUGUCUUACAUGGCCCCGGUUGCUUUGAGGAGAAAUUUGUAGAGAACGUUUUCUUCUUCUCUGUACUGCUAUUUUUGGGGACAUUCAUCAUCGCUUGGAAGUUGAAACAAUUCAGAGCUAGUAAUUAUUUUCCAAGCAAGGUCCGCUCUGUGGUGAGUGACUUCGCCGUUCCCAUUGCUCUCGCCAUCAUGAUCGGGGCUGAUCGCAUUGUUUCCAUUGAUACGCCAAAACUGAACGUUCCCAGCAAAAUACAGCCCACCUAUGAAAACAGAACCAGCUGGAUUGUCAACCCUCUGACCGAGAACAACCCAUGGUGGUUGGCCCUAGCAGCCAUCCUGCCAGCCGCCUUGGCAACAAUAUUGAUCUUCUUGGACCAACAGAUAACGGCUGUCAUUGUGAACCGUAAGGAAAACAAGUUGAAGAAAGGAAGAGGGUACCAUCUGGACUUGUUUGUCCUUGCCGUUCAAAUUGGCCUAUGUUCAAUUUUCGGCCUCCCUUGGUUCGUGGCGGCCACUGUGGAGUCGCUGACCCACGUGGACAGUUUGAAGGAGGAGAGCGAGUGUACGGCGCCAGGAGAGAAACCCAAGUUCCUCGGAGUAAGAGAGCAACGAGUGACAGGAUUUUUCAUAUUUGUUCUCAUAGGAUGUUCGGUAUUUUUAUCAGGAUUCUUGCAGUAUGUCCCAAUGCCGGUGCUCUAUGGGGUUUUCCUAUACAUGGGCGUCUGCGCACUGAAGGGUAAAGAGCUGAUGCAGAGAAUCCGCAUCAUCUUCAUGCCCCAGAAAUACCAGCCGGAUUACAUGUUCCUGCGUCACGUGAAGACCAAGAGAAUCCACAUCUUCACCCUGAUCCAGGUCGUGUGCCUGGCGCUCCUGUGGGUGGUCAAGAUGGUCAAAAUUAUAUCCAUUGCGUUCCCAUUGAUGGUACUGGCCAUGUGUGUGGUCCGCAUUGUUCUCCUGGACAGGGUCUUCAACCAGAGGGAGCUGCUGUGGCUGGACGAUAUCCUCCCAGGCAAGGAGGUGACCACGGAGGACUGGGAGGAGAAAGGAGGGCGUUCGUCAGAUUCUGAAAGCGUUGACACCAAGGAAAUCAACCAGAACACAAAGCUUGAGGGAGACGCGAUGGUGUGAAGCGACCCAAAUAUAGACCACAUUACGUGUAUGCAAACAGAUGACAAGUAUUCAAAUAGAGAGACUCUAAGAGUACAUUCCCAGAGAUUUAGAUCGAUCCAUCUGGAUCGACCUUACUCCCUGGGGGUUCACGCUAAA